AUGUCUCCCAUCCUUACUACCCCAAAGAGGCAUGCCCCCCCACCUGAACAAUUACAGAAUGUAACGGAUUUCAAUUACACUCCAUCACAUCAAAAACCAUUCUUACAACCACAAGCAGGCACUACAGUAACGACACACCAAGACAUCAAGCAGAUUGUAGAAAUGACGCUGGGAUCUGAGGGGGUCCUCAACCAAGCUGUGAAAUUGCCUCGUGGUGAAGACGAAAAUGAAUGGUUGGCCGUUCAUUGUGUGGAUUUUUAUAAUCAAAUUAAUAUGUUGUAUGGGUCCAUCACAGAAUUCUGUUCUCCACAAACUUGCCCCAGGAUGAUAGCGACGAACGAGUAUGAAUACCUUUGGGCUUUCCAGAAAGGUCAACCUCCUGUUUCAGUGAGCGCACCCAAGUAUGUGGAAUGUUUAAUGAGGUGGUGUCAAGACCAGUUUGACGAUGAAUCUCUCUUCCCCUCUAAAGUAAACGGCAAUUUUCCCGAGGGAUUUUUUCAACGUGUUAUUCAGCCUAUCCUGAGGCGACUGUUCAGGGUUUAUGCUCACAUUUACUGUCACCAUUUCAAUGAGAUUCUAGAGUUGAAUCUACAAACGGUGUUGAAUACAAGUUUUAGACACUUUUGCCUUUUCGCUCAAGAAUUCCAUCUAUUAAGACCGGCUGAUUUCGGCCCAUUGUUGGAGUUAGUCACAGAGUUAAGGGAUAGGUAG